AUGGUUGAAACAUUACACCGUACAAAUCAAAUUGCACCUGCUAUCAUUGAUAUGAGUGCAGGAAAAAAUCCAACAUUGAACAAAGGUAUUGAUAAUUCACAUAUAAUUGAGAUGCCUGAAGGAAGUAGAAGAAAAAGUCGAAUGUCUGUUGAUGGAGCUCGAAUUAUCGCAGCAUUAUCACCACGUAUUACCGUUACAUUUCAUAAUGUUUCUAAAGUGAUCAAUGUACCAGCUAAAAUGAUCGAUCCUUCAUCAAAAGAGCGAUAUAUUCAACGUACUCUUCUUGAUAAAGUUUCUGGUCAAAUUCAUCCUGGGCAAAUAGUUGCACUUAUGGGACCAUCAGGUAGUGGUAAAACAACAUUACUGAAUACAUUAGCUGGUCGAGCAUUAAAUGGUGUUACUGGUGAUAUUUGGUUUAACAAACAACGGCAUGAGAAAGGCAUGAAACGAAAACUGGCUUAUGUUCUUCAACAAGAUUUAUUUUUCGAAAGUCUUACUGUUAAACAACAAUUAACAUAUACAGCUCUUCUUCGAUUAUCAAAUCAUUUAUCAAAAACUGAUAAAAUUGCUCGAGUUGAACAAAUUAUUGAUCAAUUACGUAUUCGAAAAUGUGCAAAUACUCCAAUUAUGUUAAUAUCUGGUGGAGAAAAGAAACGUGUUAAUAUUGGUACAGAAUUAUUAAGUAAUCCAAGUGUUAUUUUUCUUGAUGAACCAACAUCUGGUUUGGAUAGUACAUCCGCAGUUGCAUUAAUUGAUGUUCUUAGAGAAUUAUCAAAUCAAGGUAAAACAAUAAUUACAUCUAUUCAUCAACCAUCAUCACAAAUGUUUCAAUCAUUUGAUCAACUCAUUUUAUUAGCUGAUGGAAAAACUAUUUUUAUGGGUAAACCAUCUGAUGCUUUACCUUAUUUUGCUACAAUGGGUUAUCAAUCUCCACCACAAUAUAAUCCAGCUGAUUAUGUUAUGGAUCUUGUUAAUCAAGAUGUGAAUGUACGAGAAAAUCUCAAAGAAGCAUAUCUCCGAAAUCGAAUAACAGUAAAUGAAAAUAAAUCAAUUAGUCAAUUUAAAGAUCAAAAUCCACCUGAAGGUAGAAAAUAUUUAACAGCUGAACCAUCUGGAAAUGAAUCAGAUCUUACAAAUCCAGAUAAUGUAAAUCUCAUUUCCGGAAAAGACAGUAACAGAUGGCCAAUUGGUUUUUUCUCCCAAAUGUUAAUUCUUUUUUCACGUAGUUUUCGAUUAACUGGAAAAACUCAAUUUACUUUUCUUAAUUUUGUUCAAGCAUUAUCUUUAGCUGUAAUUAGUGGUUUAUGUUGGUUACAAAUGGAUUUUGUUGAAAGUACAAUUCCAGAUCGAUCAUCAUUUAUAUUUUUUAUAAUGACAUUUUGGCCAUUUCAAACAUUAAUGAUGGGUAUAUUAUCAUUUCCAUUUGAACGUGGUGUUAUUGAAAAAGAACGAGCAAGUGGUUCAUAUCGUUUAUCAGCUUAUUUUAUUGGAAAAUCAUUAGCUGAAGCUCCACUUAAAUUAGUUUUACCAACAUUAUUUCUUAUAAUUGCUUAUUGGAUGGCACGAAUUAAUAAUAAUUUUGCUAUUUUUCUUGCUAUUGUAGUUUUUCAACUUCUUUCAAUUCUUGUAGCUGAAUCAUUUGGUCUAUUUUUGGGAGCAACAUUAAGAAAUUUACAUCAUGCUAUAACAGCUGCAACUGUUUCUCUUAUUAGUUUAAUGUUAAUUGGUGGAUUCUUUAUUCAACAUUUACCACAUUGGUUAGGUGUAUGGGCUAAAUGGUUGUCAUUUUUUAAAUAUGCUUAUAGUGCAUGUCUUAGAUUACAAUUUAUGGGUCCACAAAUUUAUCGUUGUGUAGAUGGAUCAUAUGUUGAUAUUUGUAAGAAUAAUAUCAAUGGAACAUUUACAGGUGAUGAUGCACUUCGCUUUUUUGAUAGUGGGAUUGAUAUUCAAUACAAUUUUUUGGUUCUUUUUGGAAUGUUUAUAGUUUUUCGGAUAGGUGCUUAUUUUUCAUUACGAUUUAUCAAAAAUAAUACUGGUAGAACUUAA